UGCUACCGACGACUGGCAGUUUAUUCCACCGCCAGGGUAUGACGUGAGCGGAUGGUAUGAAACGGACUGGAACGACUGAGAGGAACAUCAAAGACGACGACAACGACAGCGACGAAGACGAUGCGCAUAGUUUUACUCGGAGCAUUGUGUGCUCUAUUACCCAAGUCACAUAUCUACUCGGAGGCAGCAGUAGUGGGACGCAUCAUCCGGACUGGUACCGACGAACACGACCUUAUUUUUGAUCUUUGGGAAGAAACUGCAAGCAUGGUGCGAAGGCGUUUUCUUGAAUCUUGUUUUGGGUCAUCGGGGCAUCUAUCAGAGGGUGCUCGUCAUUGGGGGAUCACAGUACACGGAACGGGAGGAGGAGGAGGAGGAGGAUGUGAAUCUUUUUGUUUAGGAGCUUCAUUUGGGAAAGGGGCAUGUCUUGAUUUUUUGUCGUCUACAUAUUUGCGGAUACAUGUCGGUGUGUCAUGGGCACUGGGCACGAGGGGGUUGAAAUCACCCUUUCAACCCUGCUGCCCCCCCUAAUUCGUCUCCUUGGGCUUUCCCUUAAAUUUGCUUUUUACAUGGACAGGAGGGGGGACAUCAUCUCUCGCGAGAGGGCAUUGUUCACGUUUUGUUGUUUCUUGAACGGAUUUUCAUUGUCAUAAAGGCAUGGGGAUUGGGUGUUUUCUCUUCUUGUUUAUAUUGUUUCUUGAGGUUCAGAUGGG